CACAGAGGAGAGAAAGAAAAAAAAUUUUACUACGAAGGAGAAAAAGUUUUUAGAAUGAAAUAUUUUUUUUUUUUAGUAAAUUAGUGCAAUGUAUCGCGAAUAAAUAAAAGUUCUGAAUAAUUCUUCGCAAGUGUAUACAUUUAAAAAAUGUUUUAAUAAAAAUCAAAUUCAAAUAUAUGAUCAAGAACAAAGUGAUUUUUUUGAUUUAAAAUGAAUCGUCAUCAAGUCUUAAGUGGUGCCUGUAAUGCUGGAGAUCGAUGUUAUGCAGUUGGAUCUGUCGAAGGAAUUCCCUUCACGGCAUAUGCAGCAGGAUGUAACAUUGUAAUAUUAGCUAGCACAUUUGAACGUGUGCAAAUUAUCCCUGGAGCCACUCAUGGCUAUAUAAAAAUAUCUGCAUUAGAUUGCAGCACAGACACGGGAAAAAUUGCCGCAGCCUAUGAAGAUAAAAUCUGCAUUUUUGAACCAACACCUGUUAUUCAAAAUGAAAGACCAUCAACCCAUAAUCUUGAUUACAGAUGGGUACAAACUGGUUCAUUUUCAAACAACUCGAAUGUAACUACUCUAUCAUGGAACUUAGAAGGCACACGUCUGCUAACUGGCGGUGGAUCAUUGCAAAUGUGGAGAGAAAAAGUUUCCGAAGAUAACGAGUCGCAAGGAGUGAAAUUCGAAAUUGGUGGUGGUGAUAGAGAUGUAAAAACACCUACCAAUGAAUCUACUAGCAAUGAAACCGCUUGGGAAUCCAUAUGGAGCUGUCAAACCGCUAUACCUGUAUAUCAUAUGGCCUUCAGUCCUGAUGGUACAUUGUUUGCCACAUCAGGUCGCAAUGAUCGUCUAGUGAAGAUUUGGUACGAGAACAAGCACGUUCUUUUCCCAACGAAAAGUUUCGAUGCUUCGCAAUUCCGAUCUGGUACUUUCGACGAUACAGAUUUAAACUACACCUACGUAUAUAUUGCUCAUCCGAGAGCAGUCACAAAUAUUUCCUGGCGAAAGACCAGUAAAUAUAUGCCGAAAGGUUCCGUAUCAAAUAUGCUUGUUACAUCAUGUCUAGACAAUAUAUGCCGCAUAUGGAUAGAGACUGUCCUGCCAGAUGAUGGUUUGGUCAAUAUGACUCAAUUUGAUCCUUUGGCUUCACAAAAUCCUAAGUUCAGGACACACCGGCACAAACAUAGAUUCAUGCAACGUCUUAAACACAUGAAAACAUGUUUCCACAUACGUAGGCAUGCCAAAAACGGUGCAAUCAUAGGAAAUAUAGCGACUUCAGCUGGUGAUUCACCAUUUCGACAAGGACCAAUACCAUCGCUCCCAUCAUCGUACAGUGUCCACGAUUUCCAUUCAUAUGGAUUCCAUGGAACUGGAGUCAGUCCUGGUAUGCAUUUCCAUUUGGCGGCAUCAAUCAAUGCCGAAACAGAUAUUCCUUUGGUUCCAUCGAUGCAAACUUCUGAUCCCUCAAAUCAAAAUAAUUUCAUCUUGCAUUGGUUAAACAACAAAGAAAUGCAUUUUUCGCUUCAAGCUGAAGGUAUUUUGCAAGAAUUAACACGAAAAAUAAUUGAUCGAGAAGACAAUAAUAACAAAACUACGACUAAUCUAAACGGCCCUGAAAAUCACAUGCACAUGGAAGACCCAGUAACAGAAGCUGAACGUCGUGAAGAUGCAAAGAAAAAAUUCGCCAAAUCCGUUCACAAAUCAUUUUCAAUUGAUGAGAGCAACAGUGAUGAGCAUUCCAGCAGUAAACAUUCCGGUCAGCAUGGUCCUCAUGGUGGCGCAUCCCAUUUAAAUUCAAUAUCGAAUACAACUUCGUUGAAUUCCUUGGCGCCUGACAAUAAUCCAAAUGGAGGGCAUAUAAUUGACUCGUUGGAUAUGAAGAUCGAUUGUUUGCUUAGAGACUGGCAUCAUAGUCCUGAUUUAUUGUAUUCAAUCCAUCCCAUUGAUGGAAGCUACUUAAUAUGGGUAAUUGAGUGGUUAGAUGAUUAUUAUCCUGGAUCAUUUCGUCAGGCCCAAGUUUCAUUUUCAACACGAAUUCCAGGAGCCUUCCCAUUGGGUGAUGCUAUGUCAAUGUCAACAAUGGUUAGUCUUUAUAAUACUGGAGCGAGCCCAUUGAAUUUCCGGGAGAUGGUUAAGUCUGUUAAGAAAAAUGAAAAUAUUCCCGAUGAGAAUGGAAAGGACCCACAAAGUCUAUCAAUUGUUUCUGAGGAACAAGAAGUUGACGAAGACGAAGAAGACAAAGAAGGGGCUGAUAAUGAAAAGAAGGAAGAAACUGGCGAGGACCAAUCAAAAGGCAGUAAUUCAGAUGAUAUGGUUAAUACUGUACCAUCUCCAACAGUAUCGAUGGUUACAAAACAUUCAAAUGGAACUCUUAACUUAUGGCAGUUGACUUUCUCCUAUAAAACGAAAUUUACACAAGUUUUGAGUAUUGGACAUGUUUGUCGUGCUUCUGGACAUAGAUUCCGAGUGAAUGAUAUAACUUGUCAUCCAGUAUUGCCUCUAUUGGUAUCAACCUCUCAUCAUAACAUUCCUGACGCCAACAGCAGUGUUAUAAGCCCAUCAGAAAAACAUCAUAAUUUCAACAAAGACAUAUUCGCUCCAGCUGGUUUUUGUUCCGAAUUAAUCCUUUGGCGUGUGGAUGCAGUUGGUCCACUAUGCCAUUCAGGAGGAGUUAGCGAAUUGGCUCGUAUCAAUUCACCCGAAAUAUCGGCCUUUAGUAAUGUUGCCUGGAUUCCAACUCUUCUUCCUAGCACAACAUUAGGAUCCUACAGUAACUCACCAUCAGCUUGUUUCGUUGCCAGUGAUGGUGAAAACUUACGCGUCUAUCAAGCAGUUAUCGACGCUCGGACACUGCUGGCUGAAAUAUCUUCUUCAGAAAGUAUAAGCAGAAAAGAGGGCUCCCUAACAUCCUUAUAUUCUGAGGUUUCCUCUGAAAACUUUUACCACAAGGCAUCUUUACAUGAUAAAAUAAAAAUUGUUUCACAACAAUCAACUGCACGACCUGGUUGUAUCAUUCAACUAGAUGCACUUUCAGAUGCUAAACAUGAUUGGCAGAAUACACAGUUUCUACAUGUAUUUCAAGAGCAGCUGAUUACCGGCGAGAGAACAGACAAACAAAAAAGCGAUGACGAGGCAACAAAUCAACCGGGUUUCAUGGAAUCCCAACUCAGUGCAAUGGUAGACUUGCAAAGAAAUUCUGAGUUUGAAGAACCCUUUUACAUUGUAAUUAUCGAAAAGACAUUAAAAGGCAGCACCAUUCACAUGUGGCGUAUUGUUAUAUCAUCAAAACCUCAAACCUCAUUUCUUUCCGAAUCAGCAAUGUAUGUGCCCGAUUGUAAUCUAACCCAAGAUUUAGAUGAUCCAGAAAUAACACGACGAAUGUCAAUGGACAAUGGAAUUGCUGGUGGAGAAGGUGGAACUCAGCUCGAGGCACCUCAUAUUUCUAUAGUAACAAAAAAAGUGUGCACCCAAGAACUACCCAUGCCAGAUGGUGUGGAUGUAAUUCACGCUUCACCUUCUGCUGGCCAUCUAAGCUCUUCCUCGAUUUACCCUGCUUGUUUUGCUCCAUACAUAAUUGUUACAGCAUGCUCGGAUUCAGUUUCACGUUUUUGGAAAUGUGACGUGGUAACUGGUGAAGGCGGUGUUGGUGACUUGGAAACAACCAAAUACGAGUGGUCAGAAUGGAAGAUGUUUAGUCGACAGCAGGAUUCAGCUAUUGAAAUAUCAGGACAGCCAUUGAAUAUAAGUGCUGCCUAUUCAGGUCGUGUUGCUUGCGCCUACAAAUAUGGAAAAUCAUUUACAAGGCCCCACAAAGGUGACCCGGAUUCGAGAUAUAUCAAUUUAUGUGUGGCAAUAUACGAGUGCGAAAGUACUGGAGGAAGUGAAUGGGUUCUGGAAGAUACCAUUCAUUUAAGAAACGUCCAUUUACCACGCAUUAAUAUUGAUCACAGUCUCGAUUUGAGUUACCUACACGACAGCAGAUAUUUACAAAAGAAACAACGACUCAAUCAAGUUAUUCAAACAUUUACCCACGAAGACAAUAGAUCACCGCGAAGUGGAGAAAUUACUCCUGAAUUGGGUGUUAAGCCAGCUUCUGGACUUCUAGCUGUACCCAGUUUUAGUACACUUCAAUCUUUGAGAAAAAGUAUAACGGAAAAUGGAAAUACAUGUCCAUUAACACAAAAGCAUUUGGUGCAACUUGAUUGGGUAUCCAAGGAGGAUGGUUCACAUAUUCUCACUGUUGCAGUGGGUAGUAAAAUUCUCCUCUACACACCAGUGUCUAGUGAUUUAGCUCAAGCUAAUAUGAAAGCGAUGAAAGAAUCAAGAUCAGCAAAUCGACCCAUACUUAGAAAAUCUAGUUCCUUAGCACAGCCGCACUUUAAUGAUGAAAUUCGUUGGAUGAAAUUACGUCAAAUCGAUUUACAAACAGCCGAUGGGCUACCACCACUUCCUAUGCAAAUAUCUUGGGUUCGUGAUGGCAUUUUGGUAGUAGGAAUGGAUUCAGAAAUGCAUGUUUAUUCACAAUGGAAACCUCGCUAUGCCCAAGCACUUAAUGUUGAGGAUCUUAUGGAUACGAGAAAUUUACGCGAUGAAGAUCUAAGAUCCCUUGCCAAUGAGACAACUCAACGUCGCUUGAACAAUGUUCAGUCGAUACCAUUAAUGAGUAAAGCAAGUACGGCCAAUUUGCAGUUGCUUUCGGUUGACAAAAAGAAGAAAUUUGGCAAUCUUAGUACGGCAAACAUACAGAGUGGUUCAGAUGCACAACAAUUCCACGACUAUAUGACAGACUAUGGUCUGUUUCAGGCUUCAAGAAUAGCUUGUCCAGUUUUGCCGCAAUAUCAUCCCAAACAGCUGAUGGAGCUUUUGAAUUCGGGUAAAAUUCGUUGGGUUAAAGCUAUUUUGGCACAUUUAGUGCGUUGCAUGAGUGGUCCUUAUUUACAAGGUGGUGCCGCUGCUGGUGAUGAUGAAAGUGUGCAAAGACAGCGAGCUUGGUCGAGAUCGAGGACUCUUUCUAUAAGUUUUGUUGGUGCAGCCACAAGUCCAAAUGAACCACGAGGUUCUACAACACAGAUUCCUGAAGAACUAAUGCUUGACUAUGCUGAAAUCACAUCUAUUCCUCCACUUCCACUAUGGGUACUAUUGUCUGCCGACAAAGAAGGUUCUGGCCAAGGAAAACAACAAAAAGAAGAAGUCAAAGACUAUGAUGAACUUUUCGAUAUGGAUGCCGAGGAAGACAAUCUUGAUGAUUUGCUUGACGAUGAAUCUGAACCUCGUCGCAACGAUCGCAGACCUUCAAUACCGGAAAAAACAGGUGUUGCACACUUUGGACCACGUCAGGGUCAACUCCUUUCUAGAUUGCUUACGCACACACAUCUACCUGGCUUAUCAUCGCUAGAUCAAAUGCAUUUGUUAGCGUUAGCAGACACUGUCGCCACAUGCAAUACAGAUUUCUCCGAGAAAUUCGCUAUUGACGCUGCAAAGAGUGCUAUAGCCAAGGAGAAUUCGCACAAUGUCGAUGGCGGAACGGGACACAAUAUCUCAACAGAAUCACUCGAUGAUUGUGCUCUUCGAUUCUUACUAGCAAUGAAACACUUUUCCUAUUUAAUGAGAUGCCUUCCUCUAAAUCAACGUUCACAUUUCCAGAAACAAGGUGUUGGCACUUCAAAUAUUGUUUGGGCAUUCCACUCGGAAGGCGAAGAGGAGCUUCUUAAUUUGAUACCUUCCUACACAAAAGGAGAGCUUAAAUGGUCGACCUUAAAAGAAUUGGGUGUUGGAUAUUGGUUGAAAAAUAUAACAGUAUUGAAACAAUGUAUCGAAAAGCUGGCCAAAUCGGCAUACCAAUCAAAACAUGAUCCUCUAGAUGCAGCGUUAUACUAUUUGGCCAUGAAGAAAAAAUCAAUUGUCUGGGGUUUGUUCCGUUCGCAACGAGACGAAAAAAUGACAGCAUUCUUCCAAAAUAACUUCAGUGAUGAUCGUUGGCGUAAAGCUGCUCUCAAAAAUGCUUUUGUGUUGUUGGGUAAGCAACGUUUCGAACAUGCUGUAGCAUUUUUCUUGUUGGCAAAUUCUCUGCACGAUGCCAUUGAAGUGUGUUUGAAUAAAUUGGAAGAUUUCCAAUUAGCACUUGUAUUAACUCGUUUGUAUGAAGGUGAAUUGGAUGUGAAUACACCAUCUACCUACAAAAAGCUGAUAAAUGAACACCUUCUUGGCAUUGAUGCUGAUGGCCAAGAUGUAAGUAAAGCCCAUCCAGAUCCAUUUUUACGUUCAAUUGGAUUUUGGAUUCUUAAAAACUACUCAGCUAGUUUAAGUACACUUUUGCUGAAUAACGUUGGGCAGAAUCACUCUGCCUACAAAGAUGAUGAUAGUCUCAAAAAUGAUAACUCACAGUCCACCAAUCCAAAUGUGUUUAACUUUUACAUCUACCUUCGAACUCAUCCACUUCUAAUAAGACAACACAUUGCGUCAACAGCACAGGAAAAGAAACUCACACAAGUUGUGCUUUCUGGAUUCAGCUAUGCUGGAGAUGUAGGAAGUGCAGGAUUGAGUGAUAAACAGCUGCAGUUGGAAGACAGUAUUACUCCUCUAGAACGACAACUAUACUUUACUACAGCUCAUGCUCACUUUAAAGCUGGUUGUCCAGCUUUAGCGCUUGAAGUUUUAAAUAAGCUGCCAACAAAAGUUAUCGAUACAGCUGCCAAUAGUGAAGUUACAACUCCUGCUGAAAAUGUUGAAGACCACUUGAUCAACACGGGUAUUAUAGAUUGGAGUACACCAGCAGUUCAGCCAGCUAGUUCAGCAGCAGAUUUCGAUUGGGGUGCUCCCGUAACAAAAGUUGAAGAAGAUGACGGGUUUAAAAUCGAUUGGGGUGAAGAUGAGACCAAAAACGAAGACGAUGACGAUGAAGAAGACCGUAAAACACCAACACCACCAGCUAAAAUCAGUGAACCAAUAGAAAAGCAAAAUAGCCAAGAGGAAAAACCACACGAAAAACUCGACAUAAUGGCACAGCAGUUGAAAUUCGUUGCAUGUUUGAAAAUUCUGAUGGAAGAAUUGUCAACACUGGCAACAGGCUUUGAAGUAGAUGGCGGCCAGCUACGUUACCAAUUGUAUAUUUGGUUAGAAAGGGAAGUGGAUGCAUUGAAGCAGCUUUGUAAUUAUUGUAAUGCGGAAAAUGAUGCCUUAGAAAACAAUCAAACGAUCGAAAUGACUCAAACUGAUAAAGACAAUAAUAUCACCUCACAAAAAUUAACCGAUAAACCAACGUUACACGAAAUUUUAAUGCAGGAAAAACAAGACUUUGAAGCCAAAGUGAAACGAGCAGCGAGACGUAAAAGAUGGCUUAAAGCCAACGAAACCCUUCUUCGUACUCUACUAAGUUACUGUUCUCUUCAUGGUGCCAGUGGUGGCGGUUUGGCUUCGGUUCGAAUGGAAUUGGUGCUUUUACUUCAGGAAUUACAACAGGAGAAAACACAACAACAGCUGUUGAGUCCCCUACCUUUCCCAACAACUCUUCCUCUUUUGAGCGCAUGUGUUGCUGGAAAUAAGACUGUUAUAGCCGAUCCAAUUAAAUACUUGCAGUCCCACACCCAGGAUAUGCUUCAAACGGUCGUAGAUGUCCGUUCACCAUUUAUUGGCGUCAAAGAGAACACCUACUCCGAGAUAUUUGUGCUUCGGGAUUUGGCUAUUGCCCUCUCAUCGUGUAUAUAUCAAUCACUUUGCGAUUCAGAAAGUUUUGUUGUCAGCCAAUCUUUAGUUUCAAAUGGAUAUCAAAGUCCAGGCAUUGAGAAUAUUGCCAAGCUAAACGCAUCCUGCCAGUGCUCACAUUUAAUGGUCAAUGCUAAUAUCUAUCAACGCAAACGAAAAUAUUCAACCGAUGAACCAGCGCCAGUUUGUACCCUACCAUCAAAAUGGCCUGGUGUUACUAAUCUAAGAGCUCUUCUCGCUCGAGAAAAAGAUGAAGACAUACCAAGACUGACUGUCCUCUUGUUAGAGGCAUUUGUUGCUACUUAUAUGUCUCUUAUGGUUUACGCUUUAGCAACAUGUGAUUGUCAUAUUCUGUAUCGAUUGAUUGGUCAGAAAUUUACCAACUAUACAUGGUCGUCACUUUUUGGUGGAGGUAUUAAGAAACUUCUGCGAAAAGCAACGUCACAAAGUCAUCUUACUCAAAGCUUUCAAUCGCAAAGCUCUCAAGAUAUACCAGAUGAUAGUAGUGUUUGGAAUACCGUUACAUCAAUAACAAAGCAACGAGUAAAACUAAAUAUGAAACUUCUUGGUACAUUCAGUAAUCCAAGUGGCAGUUCUGUAAUGAAAGAAGAUAAGCCAACUUACAGGGAACAAUUUGUUUCGCCAGAUAUGUCAAUGGUUUCCUAUUUCUUAAUUAAACCAUCUCAUUUGGAAUCUAAUGAAGAAGAUUAUGAUACUGAUGAUUCGUAUGCAUCUGAUGAAGAAGAAGAUCCAGACGAUGAGGAAGUAUUUGGUGAUGCCCUAAGCACGAACGCAACAGCAUUAAGUAAACCAAGAAAAGACAAUACGGAGCAUUCAAAUCCUAUGUCAUACUCGUGGAAUGUCAUGCGAUUAGCUUUGAUUAAGCUUACAUCGAUAAAGUUGCAAGAACUGAUAAACAUUGCUGGAAUCGAAAACCAAGAACUACCUGUUGCAAGCCCACUUACCCAUGAAGUGCUACGUAAUCUUAAUCAUUGGCAAGAAAUUGUAACGGAAGAACUGUUAGCUAAAGGCCCAGCUCCUGCUGAUUAUAUUCCUGGCUGCUUUGUUGAAAAUGAAGCAAAGGGUCCUGCUAUCCACAAGUACAGAUCGUUACUUGAAAAACAUAACACACCAUUCCUGGCGAGUUCUUCGGCAGGACCAGCUAGACGCCUAUGGAAUUUCCUUGUACGCCAGGAACAUGUACAAGAUAUAUUUAUAAGAGCAGUAUUUGGAAAGAAACGAUCAAAGGAUUGGGAGGCAUCUUCUAAUAAUUGUUCGCGACCAGAUUCAAAUGGAGAUGUAGACUCAAAUAGCGAACAUUUGGGUCCACAACACGAGCCCAUUAGAAUCAUUCACAAAGACCAGGAAUCAAUUUCAGCGUUUUGCAUUAACAAUGCUUCACCGGGUCUUAUGGCUAUAGCGACACCUCGAGAAGUACAAGAAAUGGAUAUUUCUUUACUUCUUGAAUCACCUAACUGGUGUGAAGACGAAUGUGAAUACGAUUUGUUGAACUUAUCCAAAGAUAUUGACUCACUUCCAGCGACAGGAUUUUUGGUUAUUCAAGCCGCGGCCGAUAAAAAUGCGGUAAAUGCAACACCGAAUAUACAAAACUAUGGUUCAUCGUCAAGUUAUCAACCUACAAUUGGCAGCCAAUCAGGUCGUGGAACAUCGGUGAUAAAAGGAGCCAAUUUUCCAGGUUGUCACGAUCCAUGGUAUUGCAAAAUGGUUUUAGAACAUUCUAAACACUUGCUAAAACCGGUCAUGAAACACAAAGUGGAUAAUGUUAAGCGAAUGAGUUCGCAUCCUUUGAUGCCAUUAUAUCUUACCGGAGGGCAAGACGGAUCGGUUCAGCUUUGGGAAUGGAGCCAUCAACAAGUUGUGUGCACACCUAGACCUCCUGGUACAUUUGCCAAGGUUACACGAUGUCGAUUCUCACAACAGGGAAAUAAAUUUGGUAUUGGUGAUGGUGAUGGAAAUCUCAGUUUGUGGCAAGCUGGUAUUGCUUCACAGAGUAAUCGGUCAUUUUUCACCCAACAAUGCCACAGCAAGCUUCUUGCUGAUUUUGUUUUCCUUGGGUCUUGUAGUUUAGUAGCUUCGGCGGGUCACAGUUCAGAGAACAAAAAUGUCGGUAUAUGGGAUACCUUGCUUCCACAAAAGAAGUCAUUAGUGACAUCAUUUACUUGUCACGAUCAAGGAGCAUCCAGUUUAAUAUACGCACCUCAGCAUCAAGUACUCAUUUCCUCUGGCAAAAAGGGAGACGUUUGCAUUUUUGAUGUUCGUCAAAGAACUUUGAGGCAUAGAUUCCAGGCUCAUGAAAGUGCAAUAAAAUGUAUGGCAAUGGAUCCACAUGAAGAACUUUUUGUCACAGGAUCAGCUGAGGGUGAUAUUAAAAUUUGGAGUUUAACUCAUCAUGCGCAAUUGUACACUUUUAGUGGAGAACAUGCUAAAAGCAGUUUCUUUAAGCACAUUGGCCAAGGUGUUAGUCAAUUGCAACUUGAUUCACAGGGUCGUUUGUUUUCGUGCGGCUCAGAUGGCUCUAUGAAAGUGAGGCAACUUUCUGACAGGGAUAAUAUUGUGCAGUCAUUAUACUAACAACAUGUCACGUCCUACAAUAACUGCAACUAAAAAAUUCUCUUUAAACUGUAAAUCGCCCAGUAUCCCACACUACCACACACUUAAAGGGAGAAUACUGAAAACGAAUACCAAAGUUAUUUACUAAUAAUUAAACAAAAACAAAAAAUGAAAAGUUGUUAAUUUUGUCUGCAUUAAUAUAUAUAUAUAUAAAUGUAUUUACGUGUGAAUUUUACUUGUAUUUCGUACAUAUGUUUCCUAUAAAGAAAACCGUUUGUCCUGUUUGAAUUUGUUACUAAAAAAAAAUAAACACAAAUUUCAUAAAAUAAAACAAAAAUUCAACAAAAAAAAUAUAUUAUUCACCCCCUUUUCGAAAUCAGUCAUUUUAAAAACCUUUCCAAGUUUUAUUAUUAUCCUAUAUACAUUUAUUCAUGUUUCCCAAUUUAAUGAAAAAAAAAAAAAAAUAAUAAUUAAAAAAAAAACUAAACAAAAAAAAAAUAAUGAAUCAAUUCUUAUGAAGUAUUGAAGCUUAGGUAAAAAUAUUAAAUAAUAAAAAAUAUUGCAUUAUAUAUAUAUGAUACAACUUAAUACUAGCAUAUUAAAUAAUAAUAAAAUAAAUAAUUUAUCUAAAAUUAAUGGCGAACAAAUUUUACUGUUGAAGUGCAAUCAAAUUUUGAGAAAAAUGAUAAAAAUUAUAAUAAAAAAGCAAAUUUAGCAAACCAACUGAACCGUGAAUGAAAGACAAUUAUUUAAGGAGGCACAGUAUAACCAAAAAAAAAACAAAA